AGUGAUUCCUCAGCAAGACACAGCUGUCUGAUCUCUGAAACAAGAGCCUCAUGAGCCACAGGAUGAAGCGAGCGCAUGGUAUUUCGUGGAGAGGUUCCUUCAGGCCAGAUGCUGUCUGUGAGCAUCAGAGCUCUCUGCAGUGCCGUCUGAGGCCAUACAAGCUGGACACAGCCAUGGGGGAUUCUUCAGCAAAUGCCAUGGAUGGAGGUAUAGACAUGUGCUGCAAAGACGCACAGACUGAACUGGCAGAGCAGGUAGCAGCUAUAGAUGUGGCUGUUGGUCCAGACAGAAGUGACCAAAAUGGUGAAGGCAACACUGAAGAGAAUGACACAGUCUUUUCUGAUAACCUAAAAGACAGCCAAAGAAAUGGAGUCAACAGUGACAUGGGAAUGAAUGAAUUGCUGCCUUCCCCACGGUCAGAAGAUGCUCACUGGAGGAACGUUCCCAAGAGACCUCUCACUAGACCUGUAUUAUCAAGUAGGAAGUUGUCUCUUCAGGAAAGAUCAUCAGGAGGUUAUUUGGCUUCUAGCAACACACCAGGUUAUGGUCCUUAUGCCACAGGGCCAUCACCACGUAUAAUGAGGAGACCAACGAUAGAGUCCAAUCGGGUCUCCAUAUCAGAUUCUGAGGACUGCGUGCAGUUAAACCAGUACAAGCUGCAGAGUGAAAUAGGCAAGGGUUCCUACGGCGUUGUGAAACUGGCCUACAAUGAGAACGAUGACAAAUACUACGCCAUGAAAGUCCUCUCCAAAAAGAAGCUCCUGAAGCAGUAUGGAUUUCCACGUCGGCCACCUCCCAGAGGGUCGAAAGCAUCCUCUGGAGAGCAGCCAAAGCCCAUGGCACCACUGGAGAGAGUCUAUCAGGAAAUAGCCAUCUUAAAGAAACUGGACCAUGUCAACAUUGUUAAGCUGAUAGAGGUGCUUGAUGAUCCUGCAGAGGACAACUUGUACAUGGUGUUUGAUCUCCUGAGGAAAGGGCCUGUCAUGGAGGUACCAAGUGACAACCCCUUCAGUGAGGAGCAGGCUCGGCUCUACUUCCGAGACAUCGUCUUGGGCAUCGAGUACUUGCACUACCAGAAGAUCAUUCACCGGGACAUCAAACCUUCCAACUUGCUCUUGGGAGAUGAUGGACAUGUCAAAAUCGCCGAUUUUGGAGUCAGCAAUCAAUUUGAAGGGAACGAUGCCCAGCUUUCCAGCACGGCAGGGACACCAGCCUUCAUGGCACCAGAGGCCAUUUCAGACACUGGCAAAAGUUUCAGUGGAAAGGCACUUGAUGUAUGGGCCAUGGGAAUUACCCUCUACUGCUUUGUUUACGGGAAGUGCCCUUUUAUAGAUGAAUAUAUUCUGGGUCUUCAUAAUAGGAUCAAGAACAAGCCUGUGGAGUUCCCAGAAGAAGCCCAGAUAAGUGAGGAGCUCAAGGAACUGAUUCUACGCAUGCUUGAUAAAAAUCCAGAAACAAGGAUAACAGUCCCUGAAAUUAAGGUGCAUCCGUGGCUAACCAAGGGUGGUGAGGAGCCCCUGCCUCUGGAGGAGGAGCACUGUACUGUGGUGGAGGUGACAGAGGAGGAGGUGAAGAACUCAGUGAAGAUGAUCCCGAGUUUGCCAGCUGUGAUCCUAGUGAAGGCCAUGCUAAGAAAACGCUCCUUUGGAAACCCAUUCGAGGUUCAGACGAGGCGGGAGGAGAGGUCCAUGUCUGCUCCAGGGAACUUACUGAUAAAACAAGGGAGCAGAGAAGGAGGCAGGGACCCAGAGCUGCCCAACGUGUGUGAAGAUGAAGCUACAUCCUGAAGCUGCCUGGCUGUCACAGGCUGGUUGCUCACGUGCUGCUGCUGUUUGUACCCAUCGUGGUGUUGUCUAGCACACAUCUGCCCUCAUCACAGAGUCUGGGGCUUGCAAAGCAAACAAAACCAGAAACAAAACACGGACCAACCCAGCAAACCAGAAAGGAGGAACCGAGCAGCAAUAAGAAGAGCGAGUCCUCGGGCAGCACGGCUGCAGGGGAUUGGCUUGGCCUCAUGGGCAGCUGCAUUCCUCAUGCAAGGUGUCCGUGUGCUCCUCCGUGUGUGCCUUGCUCUCCACUUGUGCUUCACGUGUGGGCUUUGUAGUUGGGUGUCUUGGCUGAUGAAUGUGGUUUUAUUUGUACCGCAGCAAACCAAACGUUAUCUUAGGGGUCAGUCUCCCCAGAGAUGUUCUCCUUGCUCUUUGCAUUCUCUGUUGCAAGCAUCAGGAAAAACAAUCACAUCAGAGCCAGGUUUUAUAUCAGAGGGCAUCUGUUUUAUUUAAUGCACUUCUGUAUAUCAGGACAUAGUCCUGCUCCUGUUGGAGGCGAUGGCAAAAUUUCUAUGGCUAUCAGGUAAAUGAGGAUGAGAUCUUGCUUUUGGAGCGAACGCUGUCACUCUCUGCCUUUCUUCCUCUUCUAUCCCUUUGCUUCUUACCCCUCAGUUUUGCACAGGGUGAAUCCUGCCAGCACCAAUGGCUUUGGUCAGGGCAACACCAUAAAGCAGAAGAAAUACAGGAUCCUUCCUCUAACGGGCAAUCAGCCUUUGAAUGUCAUAAGGAUCUGGAGCAUUGGGAUAUGCUCUUACACGGGAAGGCUUAACCCCGCUGAGGACAUCUGCUGACCAAGUGUGCUCUUCCCAGAGAGCUGGGGCUGUGCUCCGUCAGCUGCACCCAGGCCUGCGUGCACAGACAUUGCUCAAAGCUGAAAACAAGUGGCAGGUUUGGGGUUUAUUUUAUGUAAGGGUGAUUUCCUUCCCCUCACUCAUCUCUUAGCUCCUAUAAAAUCAUGUACCUGAUGCUUUAAAACUUUAAUUUCCGGAUAAAUGACCCAAACCGGGAGAACUCCCAAGCAUGGAAAAUGUUGGUGGAAGGGUUUUAGGCUAAGGAAAAGCUACAAAUGAGAUCAAAACAUGAUCUUUUGGGGUUUUGAGGCUUUAAUUUUUAGUUUUAAGACUGUACUUUUUCUGCACAUGCUGAUGCUGCUAUUUUAUCCAUAGAUUGCUUCUAAACUUGGGAUUAGAAGCUUCAUCUCUACAGUUUGACGGCAGGUGAGAGAUUGCACUUCACAGGGCAAAUGGAGCUAUUCCAGUGGCUGUUGGCUAUACAGACUGUGUGUAUGAAUCGGGAAUUUUACACUCAGAGAGUAAAAACCAGUGACAUCCAUCCAUCAAAAUAAUGUCAGUAUUUUCCCUUGAGCUUUAUGGGGUCUGAGCAUGUCCCCGGGAAGCCAAUGGGAUUGAAUUCUUAUUUUAUAGCACUUAAAUAAAGGACACUAUUAAAUUUGGUUUCUACAUACUCAUCUUACUGUCUCUUUUUAGGUUAAUCCUGAAGCUGGGAUGGGCCUGGGACUUUGUCCCCUAACUUUUUUGUGUGAGGGGAUGCAUGUAUGAGGGCUGUUGGUAGCAGCUGCUGUUCCCAUCCUGUUUAUUGCAGUCUGGUUUGGUUGUUCCCAAUGUCUUUGUAGCUGGGCUUUGCUGCUGAUGCCUUCUGCUGCCUGUCCCCAGCCUGCUUGUCUUGAGGCACUUUGGUGGGAUGCCAGACGCAGUCACCAGCCACAUCUCGCCUGUAAAUAUUGGGAAACUGGGAAAUAAUGUUGCAGCUGAUGUAUUUUAUUGAGGAGACCUUUAAUUCUUGAAGCAGGCAAAAGCAUUAGAUCAUGGUAAAGGUUAUUGCCGUGGGCCCGUGCUCUGCAUCCACAUGGUAACUCCUGCCUGCAUUGGUGCAUCUGCCCGCACCAGCGGCGUGCUCAGCACCUCCAAAGCCUGUGGUCUGCUUGGAUCCUGCUGCCUUGUAAUGAAGAUUAAACACCCAUUGAAAAGGAGGGAAAAUGGAGAUGGGAAGAAACACACUUAUUCCAAGGCUUGGUAGGACUCUGGCAGAAAUACGCUCUACUUCUUGCUUGGCUGAAAUGAAAUCCUGGCUUCUUUAUGUGCGUGUUUAGGGCAGCUUGGAGCAACGCUGCUUCUGCUCCGAAGAAAGGAAGAGACUAGAGAGAGGGUAUUUAUUUGGCUCUGGUGAGCCAGCCCAUUUAUCUGCUCAGGAAGUUCGUUCUCUUCAGCUGGGUGGUGAGAUACUUGUCUCGCUUCUCUCUGUGAAGGAGGGGAUGGGGUUUGGCGUGGCAGGGCUCCUCCAGAAGCGAGAAGAGCUGGUGCAGGGGUGCUCGGAUGCUUUUGUGUGUGUUUUUCCCUCCAGAUCCUCACUUACCCGUGCUGUUCCUGGAGCACUGGAUGCUCUGAACUGUGUUAGCUGGGCUCUGUGUGCCAGGGAGGGCUCCUCUUGCCCUGAUGCGUGAUGGCAGAGGCAGCUCUGGUCAGCUUUGGUUGGCUUUUCUAGGUGCAAGGGCUGAGAGACCCUGAAGGAGAUCUCUCUUUUGGGGAAACCGCACAUCUUUUUGAUCUGCAGGAAGGAGAUUUCUUUGUCCUGCUCAACUAAUAGUUCUCUUCUCAGCCGUCAGUUUGGGAGGUAGUGCUAAGUGAAAACCCUGGUUUAGGCUCUCCUGUCUGGCACAGGGUUGAAGACAUUCACUGCAGUAUUUCCCUUUGGGCAGGAAUACAUCACUGUGAAUGUCACAUUUGCAAAUAAAUGAGGUUCUCAGCUCAUUCCUGAUGUAUUGCAGCAUGGGAAUGGAUGCCUGGAUAACCACUCACUGUGUUAGAACUCUGAGCCCUGCACAGGGGCUCAGCUUUGGGCCGUGGUUUUCCCAGUGAUGCAUCCAUGAGGAAUGUUAGAUGAGGUGUAGCCACAUGGCUUAGCCCUGGAGCAGGAGCAGGUCCAUGGGGCGGUUGUGCAGAACAGAGAGGGCAUUUGUAAGGGCAUUUGUUGGGAGUUUCCAGUGUCUGUGCUGCUGGGGGCAGGAGGAAGACCUGGAAGCUUUGCCUGCAGCACCGUGUCUCCAGCCUGAUCCAUGUAGGAGCCCGUGGCCACAAGAGAAACCAAAUCACCUGCAGCAGUGAGUGUGGCUGGGCUGUGAUGAUGUUCUGUGUUUUCAGUGCCUUGAGACACAAGAAGCUGCCCAGCAAACGACUGGGCUUUCUGAAAGGUCAGUGCCACACGUGUUUUCUUUAUCAUCAUUUCGAGUGUGGAUCAGCCAGGCCUGUCCUGUGCUGGCCAUGGUGGCAUCAGUGACCUGUCUUGUUCGUGUCCUCUGGGGCCAGCAGCUCCCAUCUGGUUGGUUGUUUGCUUUUUGCAGGCUCCAUUGUCAUCCGUGUUUGCUUUCUGCUCAGUAGUGUUCAGCCACAGUAACAGAUGGUCCUUCCUUGGGACAGGGAUCUCACCCUGGUGUGGAUGGGGAUAGCAGGGGAGGCAGGCUCCUUUCUGUCCCCAGGAGAUGGGGAUCAGCAAAUGUAAACAGCUUCCCGAGGGAAGGACCGUGCUGCUGGGAGCGUGAGCGCAUCGCGUGUCUGGCAGGAAUGCUGAGGCUGGAAAGCGGAUAGUGCGGGGUUUGUGUGUUUGUGUAACUCAGUCUGGGUGCCAAAGUUCUCCGUUCACCAGGGCACAUUGACAGCGGUGGUUGCUGAGCAAAGCAGUGGCAGAGGUUUCUUUUCUGGCCCAGAGACCUCCACAGAAGACUGUGCUCUGAUCGGGUCCCUCCCAACCUGGGUUAUCCCAUGACCUGUUGCUCUGAAUGCAGCCUUCUAUGGGAAGAGGGAAGGAAAGAGCUUGAGAAUCAGCGGCUGCCUUUCCCCUUCCCUUCCUGAAGAAAAGCCAUGUAUGCCCAGAGCCGCUGCGAGCCCAGGCCCUGGGUCAGUGACCACGAACCAUCAGUCAAAGUGCUCCAAAAACUGGUGUAAAUUCAAGAACAAGAGCUGCAACUUUUGAGGGUACAAUUUGGAUCCUCUGUGCAUAGGUUUGCUGCUGUUUCUGACUUCUAGGCCUGUUCUGUUGCUAUUUGAGUCUCUCAUUACACUUGAUGUUAACUAUGAUGCUGUAUGUACUCUGCUGUCAUUCAAGCAUGAUGUAUAUGCACUCCGUACCGUAACGGCGCGUGGCUGUUACACUGUAAAUAUGUACCAUGAAUAGAGAGGCUAUUUUUUGCAUGCUUUUCUACUCUAGACCUGAACAGAAAAUGACAAUAAACUCCAUAGAAAUGACA